CCCGGGACUUUUGUGAUCAGUUUCGCCCGUCCGCAUACCGUACCGCUCAACGUUUCUUGUGGAAAUCUUGAGAUAGGACAACAACCAGAGUGUAUAGGGACAGUCUACAGACACAUUUGACGGGUUGGGUCCACCUACCCAACACACCCCACCAUGCCUUUGGUGACGAGGAAUAUAGAGCCGCGGCACGUGUGUCGCCAGACCAUCCCUUCAACCAUCCGCAGUGAGCUGGAAUGUGUCACCAAUAUCAGCUUGGCCAACAUCAUCCGCCAACUCGGCAGCCUCAGUAAGCAUGCAGAGGAUGUGUUCGGGGAGCUGUUUGUCCAGGCUGGACAAUUUGCUGGUAGAGUAAAUUCACUGGGAGAAAGAGUGGAUCGUCUGCAGGUCAAAGUCACCCAGCUGGACCCCAAAGAGGAGGAGGUCUCUCUCCAGGCCAUCACUACUCGUAAGGCCUUCCGUAGCAGUGUGACCCAGGAUCAGCAGCUGUUCACCAGACCGUCUCUGCCAUUGCCUGUACAGGACACCUACACGACCUGUGAUCCACCUCCACCACUCAACCACCUCAGCCAAUACCGGGAGGAUGGCAAGGAGGCCCUGAAGUUUUACACUGAUCCCUCCUACUUCUUUGACCUGUGGAAGGAGAAGAUGCUGCAGGACACCAAGGACAUCAUGAAGGAGAAACGCAAGCACCGAAAGGAGAAGAAAGACCAUCUGAACCAAAGGACACUCAAUCCCCGAAAGAUCAAGACCAGGAAGGAGGAAUGGGAACGCCGAAAGAUGGGAGAGGAGUUUGUGGUGCCAAAGAAUGAAAUGAUGAAUUCUUCUGAGGGUCUCAAUGGCAGUAUUGGAUCUGGAGAUGGCUUCACUUCUGAAGGCCUCGAGCAGAGUACCAGCUCCUACGCUUAUGAUCCCGGCUCCCCUCUCCCUGGGUCUGGCUCCGAUGACUUCCUGCCUCCUCCACCUCCAGAUAUGGCGUACAACGAUGGACCAACCCAGAAGCGUGUCAGCGUGCUCAGUCCAACCCACCCACCUCCUGCUCCACCUAUGGCUUCUUCCCUGCCCAACUCCCGCCCCAACGUUGCUCCUCCCCCUGCACCUCCUCCCCCUCCUCCGCCCUCUGGGUUUGGUGUACCACCGCCUCCCCCUGGCUUCGACACCCCACCUUCCCCACCUCCUCUCUCCUCCUCUCCCACUGCUUAUCCCUCCCCACCUGCUCCCCCACCUCCACCUUCUCUGUCCACUGUUUCUCCUCCUCCACCGCCCAUGCUUACAGGUGGUGGUCCUCCACCUCCUCCUCCUCCACCACCACCUCCUCCUGGCCCUCCUCCCCCACCAUCCUUUAAUAACUCUGCUCCCUCUGGUGGUGGGGUGGCACCUAGCUCUGCUCCCAAACCGCAGCCAGCGCCAGAGCCAGCCGGGGACGCUCGCAGUGACCUGCUGCAGGCCAUCCGACAAGGUUUCAACCUGCGUAAGGUGGAGGCACAGCGGGAGCAGGAGAAGCGGGAUCACUUUGGCAACGAUGUGGCUGCCAUCCUGUCCCGUCGUAUUGCUGUGGAGUGCAGUGACAGCGAGGAUGACUCUUCAGAGUUUGAUGAUGACGACUGGUCUGAAUGAUCCUCAUCGCUUUUCACUUUCAGUAUCUCUCCUCAGCCUAAAACAACAUUCGAAAAUCACCACUCAGAUUACAUUCUUAAGUACCAGUGGAACAGAGGUCCAUGUUCUGUCUCUGUGUGUGAGUAAGACAGAGUUUGAGGGCAUGCGUGCACAUAAUAUGUACACGUGGCCUAUUACUAAUCACAUUCCUUGGCUCAUUUAUUUCUAUUUAUUCAAAAUGAUUCAGAUCAGAGGUGCAAAAUCUGAAUAUUUGACUGAGUCUAUGUGGUUGUAUCCCAAUUUCACAUUGCUGGAUGACACACCACUGCAGUUGAUGAGAGGGUGGUGUGUGAUGUGAUGCACGUCUCCCUGCUGAGUCUGUGCGUAAACACACCAUCCCUGUCCCUGUUUUAGUUUCUGUGAGAAUCAGGUGCCCUUUGCUGCAGGCCAAGUGCCUGAUUUUAUCUGCUUUAGUAAAUCAUGGCAAAGGAUGAAAGAGAGGUAGCACACACACACACACACACACACACACACACACAUGCAGGCAGCCUCUUCUGUACGCAGUAUUUGUAUGUAAUCAGUGGAAAGACACAAGGUGUUGAUGUCAAAACAUUCUCCCUUAUUCAUAGAUUAUAUGAUAUAGAUGUAAAGUUUAUAUUACAUAUUGAAUCAUAUCUACUAAAGAUUAUGCAGUCCCUUUAAACCCCUUUUAAAGCACAAGUUUUAUCACUUUUCCUCCCCUCACUUUUAUAGUCAGUCUUCUGUUUUUUUCUGUGGUUGUCAUGGGAGCAAUUGACUUGUGGAUGAGACACGGUUGUAGCUUAUAAACAAAUUCACAAAUGAAUUAUUCAGUGUGAUAUGGGAAGUAUUGGCUCAUGUCAGACACCUGGGGUGUUUGUUGAUGAGAUCACCGUACAGAACAUAUGGAGACAUUUAACACAAAUAUCAUGAUUCAUUUUGUACUGUGUUUCAGCUCUGUUACGUAUGUCUUCCUGCAUUUUUUUAACUGAACUUUUCUGGGCUUGAACUAGGCUUUGAUGCUUUAAUCAAUGAGUAGAAUCAGGCACCAUUUUGCCUUAUCCUGCUGCUUGAUGAAUAUCUGUUUUCAUUUUCAGUACAGGUUUGAUUUUGCUCAUCCACAUCCGUCACUGAUCAGCUUCUUCCAAAAAAAAAAAAAAAAAAAAAUUAACAGCUGCCAUUAAUGAGUCAGAUGUAGAACUGACUGAUGUUUAGUGUGGACCACAUAUGUUUCAAGUGCCUUCUAUUUUAAGUCUGUGUGUUAAAGCACAAUCACAGCAUGCUUAGCCAAAGUUCUGCUUCUACUGCCUUAAAUGUCCAAAUGAUUAUAGUUAUUUCAAUAAAGAUAGAGUGAAUUACA